UCAUCGUGCCACACCUGCUCCUUUCAUCUUAUGCUUACCUAUCAAAGCUUUCUUCAACCUGUAGAAAACAAUGUCCCUCCCCAUAACACAAGGGAAAACCCUACCUGAUGCCUGGGAUUACACGGGAAAACCGGCCGAGCGUUCCAAGUCCGGUGGCUGGGCCAGUGCGGCCAUGAUUCUAGGUGUUGAGGGGUGUGAAAGGCUAACAACGUUAGGUAUCGCGGUUAAUCUGGUGACGUAUUUGACUGAAACCAUGCAUUUGGGCAAUGCUACCUCGGCCACCACCGUCACCAACUUCCUCGGCACCUCCUUUAUGCUCUGUCUGCUUGGUGGUUUCGUCGCCGACACUUUCCUUGGCAGAUAUCUCACCAUCGGAAUCUUCGCCACCGUUCAGGCAACCGGCGUCACGAUCUUGACGAUCUCAACAGUAAUCCCAAGCCUAAAGCCUCCCAAAUGCACAAGCGACAGUGCAACACCAUGCACCCAAGCCAGCGGCAUACAACUCAUUAUUCUCUACUUGGCUCUCUAUAUGACCGCCCUUGGGACCGGGGGACUCAAAUCAAGUGUCUCAGGGUUCGGGUCAGACCAAUUCGACGAGUCGGACCCCGAAGAGAAAUCCCGGAUGUCAAACUUCUUCAACUGGUUCUUUUUCUUCAUAAACAUAGGCUCGCUUGGUUCAGUCACCAUUCUGGUGUACAUCCAGGACAAUAUAGGGCGUGAAUGGGGAUACGGUAUCUGUGCUUGUGCAAUCGUGAUAGGGUUGGUGGUGUUUCUGUCGGGGACCAGACAGUACCGCUUCAAGAAAUUGCUGGGGAGCCCAUUGACCCAAAUUGCCGCUGUGUUUGUCGCUGCCUGGAAGAAGAGGCAUUUGGAAUUGCCAUCUGAUUCGUCGAUGCUUUUCGAAAUUGAUGAUGCAGCUGAGGGUUUGAAGAAGAAGAAGAAGCAAAAGCUGCCACGCAGCAAGCAGUUCCGUUUCUUGGACAGGGCAGCGAUCAACGACCCAUCCGUUCCCGAGACAAACAAGUGGAACUUAGCAACCUUAACCGAUGUCGAAGAAGUGAAAUUGGUGCUAAGAAUGUUACCCAUUUGGGCAACCACGAUCAUCUUCUGGACCGUUUACGCUCAAAUGACGACUUUUUCAGUGUCUCAAGCCACAACCAUGGACCGUCACAUCGGGAAAUUCCAAAUCCCACCAGCAUCACUCACCGUUUUCUUCGUCGGCAGCAUUCUCAUAACCGUCACAAUUUACGACAGAAUCAUUGCUCCGAUUGCAAAAAAGGUUCUUAAAAACCCACAGGGUCUAACCCCUCUGCAAAGGAUCGGUGUUGGUUUAGUUUUAUCCAUUAUCGCAAUGAUAGCCGCUGCACUGACCGAAAUCAAGCGAUUGAGGUCCGCAAGCUCACACGGCCUUGCGAAUCACCCAUCAGCUCAAAUCCCAAUGAGCGUCUUCUGGCUGAUCCCCCAGUUUUUGCUAGUGGGGGCUGGGGAGGCCUUCACAUACAUAGGGCAGCUCGACUUCUUCUUAAGGGAGUGCCCUAAAGGGAUGAAAACAAUGAGCACGGGUCUGUUUUUGAGUACCCUUUCUUUAGGGUUUUUCGUAAGUUCUUUGUUGGUUACUAUAGUUGACAAGGUGACUGGAACCAAGCACCCAUGGCUCCCAGACAAUCUGAACAAAGGGAGGCUCUAUGAUUUCUACUGGCUUUUGGUAGUUCUGAGCUGCUUGAACUUGGUAGUUUACUUGGUUUUUGCAAAGUGGUACGUGUACAAGGACAAGAGACUUGCUGAGCAAGGGAUCGAAUUAGAAGAAGCAGAAGCUACCUUCCAUUAAUAUGAAGCAACAUGUCUUGGGGAGUGGACCAAGUCUCUUUCAUUAAGAUUUUGAGUUUGUAACUUUGUAAUAUAAGUCCGUUUUUUGGACGUUCAAAUAAGUUUGAAAUUCCUUUA